AUGUCAUUCAUUUUAAAGUUAUUCAUCAUCUUACACUUCAGAAUUGGUUAUCUUUUUCUCUAUACAUACGAACUGGUUUCAAUAUUGUUGACAAAAGUCAAAUCAACAUUAAUGAACCCAAUUAGAUGGUUAAUUCAAACUGAUGCGUCAUUCAAAACUACUAAUCUACCCCACAAUAAAAAGUUACUUAGAUAUAAAUUAUAUUUAGAUUAUGCUCUAGAUUUGUUGAAAACUACUAAUAGAUCUAAUGUAAUGGAAGCUAUCGAAAUUAUUUUAUAUAUUUUAAAAGACAACAAAUUGACCAAACUACAAAGUGAUUGUUUAUAUCAUUUGGCUGUUGGCUUCUUAAAAUUGAAUGACUAUCAUAAUGCUGCCAUUUAUUGUCAGUGUUUAUUAACAAUUGAACCAGAUAAUCAGAGAAUCAAGGAUCUGUUGAUGGAAAUCAAAUCACGCUCGUUUGAAGAUAUUCAGAAUAAAUCCGCCAUAGUGAAGCUCUCAACAUCGAAUUAA